AUGAGGCUCUUGCAUUCCAUCCUUGGAGUCCUUGCCUUGCUGUCCAUAGUUCCUCAAGCCAGGACCUCAUUUUUUAAAGACAUAUGUUCCUCAAAAAACUAUCACUGCAGAAUGAAGUGCAAUCCUGAUGAACAUGCAAUUAAAUACUGUGCUGACUGGACCAUCUGCUGCAAACCAAAGAGAAUUCAAUUUAGGGAAAAAAAGUGGUGA